CCGGGUGGCCGCAACGACCAAUGAGAGAACAGGCCGCGCGAGUCUCUAGGCAGAUCGGGACUGCUCCAGCCACUCAGAAAAAAGAAAAUAAAGCAACGCACGAGCCCGCUGGGCCAGGACCGUGGGGCUGGGCUGGAGUGAAGGUGGCUACGAGCCCUCAUGCCAGGAUGGCAGAAGAUGAACCCGAUGCUAAGAGCCCCAAGACUGGGGGACGGGCCCCCUCAGGUAGUGCUGAGGCGGGAGAACCCACCACCCUUCUUCAGAGGCUCCGAGGUACCAUUUCCAAGGCCGUGCAGAACAAAGUCGAGGGGAUCCUGCAAGAUGUACAGAAAUUCUCAGACAACGACAAGCUGUAUCUCUACCUUCAGCUCCCCUCAGGACCCAGUACUGGAGACAAAAGCUCAGAGCCAAGUACACUUAGCAAUGAGGAGUACAUGUAUGCCUAUAGAUGGAUCCGCAACCAUCUAGAAGAGCAUACUGACACCUGUUUGCCAAAGCAAAGUGUUUAUGAUGCCUAUCGGAAGUACUGUGAGAGCCUUGCCUGUUGUCGCCCACUCAGCACCGCCAACUUUGGCAAAAUCAUCAGAGAGAUCUUCCCUGACAUCAAGGCCCGAAGGCUUGGUGGCCGAGGCCAGUCCAAAUAUUGCUACAGUGGCAUACGAAGGAAGACCUUGGUGUCUAUGCCACCCUUACCUGGACUUGACCUGAAGGGCUCUGAGAGUCCAGAAAUGGGCCCAGAAGUAACCCCAGCACCCCGGGACGAACUGGUUGAGGCAGCCUGCGCUCUGACCUGUGACUGGGCAGAACGAAUCCUGAAACGGUCCUUCAGUUCCAUCGUUGAGGUCGCCCGCUUCCUCCUGCAGCAGCACCUCAUCUCUGCUCGGUCUGCCCCUGCCCACGUACUCAAGGCAGUGGGGCUUGCUGACGACGAUGAACAUGCCCCUCGGGAGCGGUCCUCUAAAUCCAAGAAUGGUGUCGAGAGCCUAGAGGGUGGAGCCCAUAAGAAACCGGAGAGACCAGCCCAGCCACCUAAGGAGCCGGAAUCCCGGGCUGGGGCUGGCCCUCCUGCACGUGGAGAGCGGAAGAAGAGUGUAGUGGAGAGCCCAGCCCCAGCAGCCAAUAACCCACAGGUUAAUGCCCUGGUGGCCCGGCUGCCUCUGCUCCUUCCCCGGGCCCCUCGCUCACUUAUUCCACCACUCCAAGUCUCUCCCCCCAUCCUGGCCCCCAAGCUUUCUUCAGGCCCUCUGAAAGUGGCUCUGCCCAGUAGGGCUGGGGGACCCCAGGCAGCUGUGCCCAUCAUUAACAUGAUCUUACCAGCUGUUCCUGCUUUGCCUGGACCCGGGCCUGGGCCUGGGCCUGGGCCUGGGCAAGCCCUACCUGGGGUGCUCGCUCAGCCACGAGGCACAGAGAACAGGGAGGUAGGCAUAGGUGGUGACCCAGGCCCCCAUGACAAAGGUGUCAAGAGGACAGCGGAAGUACCUGUGAGUGAGGCCAUUGGGCAGGAUCCACCAGCUAAAGCAGCAAAGCAGGAUAUAGAGGAUACAGGAAGUGAUGCCAAAAGAAAACGGGGGCGCCCUCGAAAAAAAUCAGGUGGAAGUAGGGAAAGGAACUCUACCCCUGACAAGUCAGCAGCUGCCGUGGACUCUGCCCAGCCCUGCAGGUUACCACGGGAGACAUGGGCCUCUGCAGGGGAGAGCAACUCUGCCAGAGGGUCAGGGAGGCCAGGGCCAGUGGGAGGGGCUGAGAAGGGGAUGGUGCUUGCCCGGGAUCAGGAAGAUGGUGUUGUUUCCAGAGGAGGAAGGGGUCCCAGUUCCCGGCAUGCCAAAGAAGCAGAAGAUAAAAUUCCUCUGGUCACCUCAAAAGUGAGUGUCAUCAAGGGCAGUAGAAGCCAAAAGGAGGCUCUUCCAAAGGGAGAGGUAGACACCGCAGCACAGGGUAAUAAAGACUUAAAAGGGCACAUGCUUCAGAAUUCCUUAUCCCAUGAAGGGAAAGACCCCCAAGCAACACCCCCUUGAUAGGUACGUGGGGAAAAGUGUUUAUAUUCACAUUAACUCUACCUGCCUAGUAGAGGCCCUUCUCUGCACUUGCUUCUCGUUUGGCUCUUCUUUUCCUAAGGCAGUUCAUUCUCCUGUAGAGACCGCUGAGGCCCCCUUGUCUUACACAGUGUCUGGCUCCUGCCUCUGAUGUUUCCAGCUCAAUACCUUUGGCUUUAGAGUCCUUGAUAAAUGUAGUGACUGUCUUACCUGGAUCUCUGCUAUCCUGUGGGAUGAUAGGGAUGGAGUAAGUAUGAUGAAUGUAUAGGCUAGGAAUCUUUCGGUUUUAAAUCAAAGAAAACCUUACAAACUGGCUUAAAAAUUAAGACUUCCUGGCUCACGUAACUGUGAAGUCCAGAGGUAGUACUGGCUCCAGGGAGAGCUGAUGCAGUGGCUCAAUCCGUUUCUAAAUACCUGAUCUCCCCCCCUGCUGCUGCCUUCUAUAGGAUCGUUUUAAACCUGGGCCACCUCAUGGCUGCCAGCAUUCCUGGGAUUACACGUUUUCUCAUUUAUAUCCAACCUGAAAAGGGAACAUCUUUGUGCCAGGAAUCAUAGCAGAAGCAUCAAGAUUGACUCUGAUUAAGCCAUCCUGGGUCACAUGCCCACCCCUAACCAAUCACUGUGGCCAGAAGGAUGGUACAUGCUAAUUUGUUCAUUCUACAUGGGGAAAGCCUGGGAUCAGCCUCCCUAGAAUCACAAAGGUCUCCAAACGGGCAGUUUCUGGGGAGGCAGCUGACGCGGGCCACACUAUAAAGUACAUGUGGUUUUAGUUUGCUAGGUUGGGAUCGGCUACACCUGUUUCCUUUUUCCCCUCCCUGUCUUGCAUUUUCCUUACUGCAGCUAUAAUAAUAGCCUCUUUCCUCUGGUAGGCUCAGAAGGAAUGAGAGGGAAGUCCCUCUCCUUUAAGGACUCUCUCUGGUCUCAUUUAGAUGAUACUUCCUACAUUUCAGAGAUGGAGAUCCUUCCCUUUCCUGUUUCUGAAUGUUCGUUUUUUCCUCAUUCUGCUUCCCUACUCAUUCUGCUUUCCCGACCCUACUGCCAGCUUUCACCAAGUGGAGUGAAAGAUGAACUUCUUAGCCAUUUUAUUAAAUCCAUUCUGUAUCCACCAGGUGUCAGUCUCUUGUCAUACAUGUGUCAGGACUUAGCCAGGAUUGUGGGGUUUAGGCUAGGUGUGUGGCAGGAGGUAGCUCUGCAGAUCAGCACCAAUAGGAAGGGAACCCAGACCUUAUGUUCUCCUUUGGAAAAGCAGUAAACCAGUAUUUACUGAGGACCUACUUUGUCUUCUGCAUAGGGUAGCUUCUGUCAGGGAAUCUGGUUCUGCCCAGGAAAUAAAUUUUCUUUCAGGGAGACUUCAUUCAUUUCCACCACAGCAUAUUUUUUAAAAUUAUAAUAUGUAAUAUUUGAUAUAUAAAGAAUAUAUUUAACAUGAAUAAAUUAUGAAACAUAAUUAAGUGAAUACCUUUGACCCAUCACCCAAAUUAUACAUUAAAACAUUAGAAAUACCAUUGAGUUUCCUGUGUUCCUACCCUGGCCAUCCUGCUGCCUCUCCCCGGACAAUAACCACUGUCCUUAACUUUGUGUUUAUUAGUUACCUACAUACACACACACACAAAUAUAUGUGUAUCUCUAUAUUUAACCAUAUACAUAUAAUAUUCUUUUAAAAUACUCAGUUUUGCUUUUUUAGCUUUACAAAAAUUUUGUACUCUAAUAGUCCCCUGCAGUUUUUCACCUAACACUAUUUUUAAGAUUCAUCUAUGUUGUAAGUAGCUAUAAUUUGCUCAUUUUUCACCUGUAUUCUACACAUUCACCUAUUACUGGACAUUUGGAUUGUUUCCAUUUUUUUUGCUAUUACAAACAGUGCUGCUAUGAACAUUCUUGUACCUGUUAGUGCCUUUUUUUUUUUUUUUUUAGUAAGAUUUCAAAAAAAAUGUUUCUAAGAUGGUUCAUUUGAUCUGUGCAUCCUCUGAGUUGGGAACUGUUCCCUCUUAUUCUCUGGAAGAGUUGACAUCAGAUCAGUAAAACUCAACUGUUGAACCAUCUUUGCCUGGCAUUCCUUUUUGGGAAAAAUUUUAACCAUUGAUUGGACUUUCUAUUUUUUGUUGAGUCAAUUUAGGUUAAGUGUUUUUUUUAGGAUUUUGUAAUUUCAUGUCUUUUUUUUUUAAUUAAAAUUUUUCCUUUUUUUCCCCCGUGCUCUCUGGGUAGUCAUGUACUUUGUUUUUCAUUUCUACUAUUUACUUUUACCUUCUUUUGCACCAGAAAUUUGUUAUUUUACUUAUUCAGCUACUACUUUUGGUUUUGUUGAUCCUCUCCCUUAUGUUUUGUUUUCCAUUUCAUUAAUUAUGGAUAUUAUCUAUAGUAUUUCCUUUUUUCUGCUUUCUUUAGAUUUAAUUUUAUGUUCUUCCAUAACAUCUUAAUUUUGACACCUAACCUAAUUUUCAAGCUGUUAUUUUUUUCUACUGUAAGUUUUUAAGGACCUGUUUCCCUAUAUCCCCCCAAUUUUUCUGUUGUAAAGUACUUUAAUUAUAACUUAGUCCUAAGAUAUUUAAAUUACCUUUAUGAUUUGUGAUUUGUGAAUUAUUUAGAACAAUUUUUUGAACUUCCAAACGUCUGAAUAUUUAAAGUUUUACCGUUUAGAUACCCACUUUCAACUUUAAUCAUUUGUACUCAGAGAUGUGGUACCCUAUGAUGCUAAAUUUUUGAAACUCGUUGGGUUUGUUAUUUUGUAUUUCUGUAACUUUCCUGGAUAUCUAAAUCUGUUUUGUUUUCUGCUCACUCUUGCCUGUGGUAGCUUGUUUCUUUGUAUAUUUUCAAUCUUGGGGUUUUGAGCUCAAAUUUUGUUAAACUUAAUCUAUGGGAAUCCAGAGAGCCUAAAUUGGGGGCACUUUCCUGCAGAGAAGAUUUGCAUUUGCUUCUGCCAGGAGCCAAAUGAUGCUCCUGACCUGGGACUGUGUUAGCCCCUUCACGGGGCUCAGUUUCUUUCAGGAGUCCCAGGUUUUUUCCCCUUCCUUGGCUAGGCCCAGGGUUUAGCCUCUGUUCACAAUACUGUUCACUCCUUCAUAUAGGUUUCAGCUUAAUGUUAUUUUUUUCUUCCUUUAGUGAUUUCUCUUACUUUCUAACGAGCCCAGCAAUAUGCUGACCAUUAUGUUUGUUGAAAUGUAUCCAGGAUCUACUUGUAUUUUAAUGGGAGAGCCCUUUCUUUUAUCCAGGCUGUCAGAAAUCGGCCUUACUGUGGUUUUGGCAAUUUCCUUUUUGUUUUUUAGGUGCCAGGCACUUUUUAGAAGCCAACUGACUUAAGCUGUCUUCAAGUCAAUAAUGAUCAUAGCAUAGUGGCAACAUAACAGUUAUGUUAGCAGUAAGCAUAGAGCUAUGGGGGCCCAGAGGAAUAGCAUAUAGAUCAGACAGGGAUCCGGAUGACUUCCCAGUUGAGGUGAGUAGGAGUCACCUGGACAAGUCUGACUCCUAAAACAAGGACAGAACAACAUAAGACCUAUAGAAAAAAAGCUAAAUCAUGGUACUCAUUCUGCAUAAGAGCUAUAAAUUCAGAGAGAUCACUUGGGCUGAAUAAUUUUGGAAGACUUCAUGGAAAAGAGGGUAAGUAGAGCUUAGAUAGGUGGAAAAGAGAGGACAUUCCAGGGAAAGCAGAGGUUUGGAGAUGUGAGAUGUGACUAAAGACCUAGGAGAACCAUCCCCUGAUAGACACCUGUCAGGUAGAAGGGGGGUGUACGAAUAAUAGAAGUCAACUAGAAGGACAUGCAACCAUCAUAGUACUCUGUUGACUGAAUGAGUGGAUAAAGGUAUGAAGUUUGCAUUAAAGGAUGGAGGAACUGGAGUCAUAAGGAAACAGCCAAGCAACUGGUUCCAUGUGGGAGGAGAAAAGGGAUUGGACUGGGCUGCUGAUACAUUAAAAGUGACAGGCAGGGGCACCUGGGUAGCUCGGUUGAGCAUCAGAGUUCGGCUCAGGUCAUGAUCUUACAGUUUGUGAGUUCGAGCCCCGUGUCAGGCUGUGUGCUGAUAGCUUGGAGCCUGGAGCCUGCUUCGGAUUCUGUGUCUCCCUCUCUCUGCAACCUCCCACUCUUGUGCUCGGUCUCUCUCAAAAAUAAAUAAACAUUAAAAAAUUU